CCCUUCUCUUCUCUUGCAGCGGUGCGUGAAGCGACUCUGCCGCGAGGAGAGCGUUUCCAACACAGAAGUUUCUUUGGACGAACCGCUCACCGGAUUCUCAAAUGAAUAGGUUUGAAGCCAUUAACAGAGGCUUUCUGUGAAGACGCCGAGGAAACAUUACCUGCGUUUUUCUCAAAGCUUUGCAAAAUGAAGCUUUGGAGUUUUGUGUUACCUGUUGUCUUGUAUGCGUUGUCUGCACAAGGGGGAUCAAAGCUUCAGGAGCCGUGUGCAGGCCGGGACUGCAGUGGACCAUGCCCGUGUUUGCCCUUAAAGGGUAGCAGGGGUCAACCUGGGGAACCUGGACAGAUGGGCAGCAUUGGUCCUGAGGGUAUUAUUGGGGCCCCAGGGCCAGUUGGGCCCAAAGGAGAAAAUGGCCAUGUAGGACGCAAAGGCCCCCCUGGACCAAAUGGAGAUAAGGGUCCAAUGGGUGUUCCUGGGUUUUCUGGUAAUGGUGGAGUUCCAGGACACCCAGGUCAGGAGGGGCCCAGGGGACCUCUAGGUUUAGAUGGCUGUAAUGGCACACGAGGUGAUCCAGGUGACAGAGCCCGUGAUGGAUUUCCUGGUCUUACCGGUGCUCCUGGACUCUCUGGUCAAAAAGGUCAAAAAGGAGAACCAUAUUAUAUAGAUCUUUCUGGACAAAAUUUUGUCAUCGAAGGCCCCCCAGGUCCAAUGGGAUUUUCAGGUCCAGUUGGCCCCAGAGGUCCAGAUGGAUUUACUGGUGCGCCUGGUCCACCUGGUCCUCCUGGACCUCCAGGAAGUCCAGGUCAGGACUUCAGAGGAGAGCCAGGAGAAAAGGGAGAUGUGGGCUCGCCCGGUGACCCAGGCCGCCCACUGGUCAAUGGAGUGGUGGAGCUUGUUGGCUUUCCAAAAGGAGACAAGGGAACUAAGGGUGAUAAAGGCUAUGAUGGUACUCCAGGUUUUCCAGGGAGAUCAGGACCACCAGGCCCAUUUGGGUAUAGAGGUGAAACUGGAGAAAAGGGAAUCCUGGGCUUGCCAGGCUUACGGGGUCCACCUGCUCUGAACGGUUCUCCUGGCCUUCCUGGGAUAAAAGGCUUCCCUGGGACUCAGGGUUUUCUGGGACAACCAGGUUUUUCUGGCCCAAAAGGUGACAGGGGAGACCCAGGUCCACCUGGGCCGAUUGUGGAAUCAGAUGUUGGAAUUAAAGGUCCUCCAGGUGAUCCUGGCUUUCCUGGUUAUCCGGGGAUAGCUGGAGAUACGGGUUUUCCAGGGCUUCCUGGUCAGCCUGGUUCUCCUGGAUCGCCUGCUUUUCUCACAGGUCUUCCAGGCAUCCCUGGGUUCCCUGGUAGUCGUGGACCCAAAGGACAGAGGGGAAACCGAGGUCGGAAUUCUUAUGGUCCUGAAGGUCUUCCUGGAAAUCAGGGCCUUUCUGGACCUCCAGGUCUCCCUGGGCCACCGGGCAGUACACCAAACCAGUGCUCCGCUGGACAACCUGGUUUUCCAGGUCAGCCUGGUCCGAGAGGACUUCCUGGAGACAGAGGCUUUAAAGGGUUUAAAGGAGAAAAUGGUGACUGCAACUGUUUGGGUGGAGGAACGAUUGGUGCACAGGGACCUCAAGGGCCUCCAGGGCCCCUGGGUAUUACAGGCCUCAAUGGUGCGAAGGGAGAAAUUGGUGAUCCAGGCUUCCCAGGACCCCGAGGUCCACAGGGCUUUAAUGGUCGUGCAGGUGAUAGAGGCUUUAGAGGGCGUAAAGGAGAGAAAGGUAAUACUUUCUUCCCAGAAGGCAGUAUCCAAAAAGGUGAUAUGGGUCAACAAGGUCCUCCUGGACCACUUGGAGCAAGCGGCGACUCCGGAAGGGAUGGAUCUCCUGGCUUCCCUGGACAACCAGGCCCACCUGGGGAGCCUGGUUUUGGGGUGACUGGAGAUAAAGGUUUUCCUGGUAUUCCAGGGUCCAAAGGUCGUCCUGGUGACAGGGGCGAACCUGGUUUUGGCUAUCCUGGUGUAGCUGGGUUCAAAGGGUCACAAGGUGAUCCUGGAUUCAAUGGUUUUCCUGGAACACCUGGACCUCCAGGUUCUCCUGGAACACCACUGCCCUGCAGGAUUCCUGGUGAACUUGGAGAUCCAGGAUACUUUGGAAAUCCUGGGGUGCCAGGGCCAAAGGGUCAGCCUGGUUCCCCAGGAGUGAGCGGGCGCCCAGGGUUUGAUGGGCCAAAGGGUGAGAGAGGAGAACCAGGCUCUGGAGGUCAGCCAGGAACUCAGGGUUUCCCCGGACCCAGAGGAGAUCCAGGUUCACCAGGAACAACAAAUGCUGGCUUACAAGGGCCUCCAGGAAGAGAUGGUUUUCCAGGUUUGCCAGGAGCUAAGGGAGAACCCGGUGUGGUCCUUGGGGCCACCCCUGGAGGUCCAGGUUCUCCAGGGAGACCAGGAGAACCAGGAGACAAGGGUCAACCUGGUGCACGGGGUUUAUCAGGGAGGCUUGGUAAUGAUGGACGCAACGGUUUUCCUGGCAUAAAGGGAGAACGAGGUGUGGAUGGAAUACCUGGUCCCAUAGGUCCCCCGGGAGAAAUCCCUCCUGGGGGUGUUCCUGGUCCCAGAGGGCCACCUGGAGCUCAGGGACCUCCAGGCUGCCAAGGUUUUCCAGGGCUGAAGGGUGUGAGAGGAGAUCCAGGACCUCCAGGGCCUGGUGGAAUAAAGGGUAUACCAGGACUUCCCGGCAUCCCAGGGUCACAGGGAUUUAGGGGACCUCCUGGACCUCCUGGAACCCCUGGCAUUGGAACACGUCCAGGCAUACCUGGAAGACCAGGAAUAAAAGGGGAGAAGGGGUCUCUUGGAUUGUUGGGGUUCCCAGGAUUACCUGGUUCUCCUGGAGUCCCAGGUGGCCCAGGUGUUAAAGGUUUACCUGGUUUCGCUGGGCAGGAUGGCUUACCUGGGGGAACUGGAUCAAGAGGAACCAAAGGGGAACGUGGUGCUCCUGGUCUUCCAGGACCCUCUUCUCCAUUGCUUCCAGUAGAGCAGCUGGAACAGGGUGAAAAAGGUGACCCAGGAGGUGGUGGACUGCCUGGUUUCCCAGGACCAAGAGGUGAUAAGGGUUUUCCAGGGCUACCUGGACGUGAAGGCUUUCCUGGAUCACCUGGUGUUGCAGACCAAGCAAAAGGUUUUCCUGGCCAGCCUGGACUCCCAGGUAUUCCUGGCUCCUUUGGCUUUCCUGGUCCCAAAGGUUCAUCUGGAGUUAUGGGCUUCCCUGGCUUACCAGGCCUGAGGGGUGAUGAUGGUGUACCUGGGGUUCAAGGGUUCCCAGGCACUCCAGGACAGCCUGGUGGCAAAGGUGAGAAAGGUGAUUCAUAUGAAUUAUCUGGACCCCCUGGACAAAAGGGUGUGAUUGGAAAUCCUGGAUUCCCAGGUGGUCCAGGACUUCCUGGUGAUCCAGGGUUCCCUGGAGUCUUCGGAUUCCAAGGCCAGAAAGGUUUUCCUGGAGAGCCGGGAGGACCAGGAUUUGGUGGCUCACCAGGCCUUCCAGGCAUUAGGGGUCUCUCUGGCUAUUCAGGACAGAAGGGGCGUGAUGGAGAUCCAGGCCGUCCUGGAACUCCAGGUUCAUCAGGAGAGAAAGGUUUUCCAGGAUCACCUGGUUUAGAUGGACUCAAUGGUCUUCCAGGAUCCAAGGGGCUGUCUGGAGUUCCAGGUGUGACUGAAUGUGUUCAGCCUGGAGCUCCUGGUGGGAAUGGCCUGAAGGGAGAGAGAGGCACAUCACAGCCCGGAGCACUUGGGCGCCCUGGAGAAAAAGGAUCCAGAGGAGACCCUGGUGCCACUGGUUUGAGAGGCUUCCCUGGUAAUCCAGGCCCCCCUGGCCCGCCUAGACCUUCUAAUAUCCCAGGUCCUCCCGGAGACCCUGGACUUCCAGGAUUAGAUGGACGAGAAGGUCCCUUUGGCUCUCCUGGCCUACCUGGUCCACCAGGCCCUGGAACAGUCCAAGGAGACAGGGGAGAUGCUGGACUUCCUGGGCGACCAGGAAUACCAGGACCACGUGGAGACCCCGGUGGUUUUGGAGCCCCUGGAUUACAAGGCAGUCCUGGUUUUAAAGGACAAAGAGGUGACCCUGGAUUUAGUGGUGUACAUGGACCACCAGGGUUACCUGGAGAACCAGGAGAUUUUGGCAGGAAUGGACCCAAAGGAUUAAAGGGUUUUCCCGGUCUUAAGGGACUUCCAGGUGUUGUGAUCCCACGUAACAUAACCAGCAACAUGCCGUUUGGGGAACGGGGCCCACCAGGUCUUGAUGGGUCUUUUGGUCAGGUAGGAAUUCCAGGCCUGCCAGGCAGUCCAGGAGUCCCAGGUCCCAAAGGACUCAGAGGGCCAGUGGGUAGACUUGGUCCUGUUGGUGCAGCUGGAUCUCCUGGAACUUUUGGUGACCACGGACCUCUAGGAAUCCAAGGACCCACAGGAACCCAAGGAACCUGUGGCUCACCAGGAAUGCAAGGUCUUCCUGGUCCACCGGCACGUAGUACCAGUAUCGGUUAUACUUUGGUGAAACACAGUCAGUCCAGCCAGGUGCCCAUGUGUCCUCAAGGCAUGUCCAAGCUGUGGGAGGGAUACAGUUUGCUCUAUGUGGAGGGCCAGGAGAAAGCACACAACCAGGACCUGGGAUUGCCCGGCUCCUGCCUGCCGCAUUUCAGCACCAUCCCCUUCCUGUACUGCACAGUCAAUGACAUCUGCUACUACGCUAGUCGCAAUGACAAAUCCUAUUGGCUGUCCACCACAGCACCCAUUCCCAUGAUGCCUGUGGCAGAACAGCAGAUAUCUCAAUACGUUAGCCGCUGCUCAGUGUGUGAGGCUCCAUCUCAAGCAAUUGCUAUCCAUAGCCAGGAUCUCAACAUACCGAUCUGCCCUCCGGGUUGGAGAAGUCUGUGGAUUGGUUACUCCUUCCUUAUGCACACAGCCGCAGGUGCAGAAGGAGGCGGUCAGUCAUUGGUGUCUCCCGGUUCUUGUCUGGAGGAUUUCCGCGCCACCCCCUUCAUCGAAUGCAACGGUGCCCACGGCACCUGCCACUACUUUGCCAACAAGUACAGUUUCUGGUUGACCACAGUAGAGCAGAACGAACAGUUCGUCCAGGGUCCUUCCCAGGAGACGCUGAAGGGAGUUGAGUACCGGUCACGCAUCAGUCGCUGUCAAGUCUGCAUGAAGAUCUUGUAGCUUGUGUAGAUGCACUGCAGGAGACUUUAUCGAAACGAUUGGAAGAAGAGUGGAUGAGCUGAGCAGAGGAGGAUAAAGGAAACAAACAUGAACUGACUGAUUUGAUUUCUUGUCCUUGAUGCCCAACAGUGGUCAUUUGAAGGGUUAAGGUGAGCCCACGGUAAAUAUCAGUGUUCGAAUGAAACGAAGUGGAGAAAGAGAUUUUACUCUUUAUCUGUUUAUCAACAACGAUGCUAUGUUGUGUUUUUGUGUUAACAUUUUCUUUAAGUUGUUGGUCAUAUUCAUGGCUACCUCAGAGAGUGCAUCCCAGACUCCCAGUGGAUGGCAUGGAAUAAUACACCUUGAUUUUUCAAAAGAAUCCAUGCACCGAUGAAAACAAUACUGCAUUUCAUGUAUAUGUUUUGGCUUCAGUAGCCUGUGUUGGUGCUUUCUUCACAUGAAAAUAAUGUUAACCAUUCGUUAAUCUUGUUUACCAUUCAGCAAAAUGGACAAACCAGCACUUUGCAAUCUUCAUGAACAAGAUUGUCCUCAUGGUUGUCACUUGAAAUGGUUAGUCUAACCCCAUACAUAUCCUAUAUGAAUUGCACUGAACUUGUUAAAAAAUGUUAAAGUUCUUUCACAUGCAGUUGAUCUAAAUUCAUCUAGUUCACCUAGUGAUGUAUUAUUUUCUUUUAUUGAUGAGAACAUUUAAACAUCCAUCAAACAUAAAUUAUGUGGAUGCUUAAUACCAUACAUAUAAUUUCUUGGUCUUUUAAGGUAUAGCUGUUCAGCCUCAGUUAUUCAUUACAUGACCAAAAAUGUGUAUAAUAUUUUUUUUAAAUAGACAAAUUUUAAGUUAGCCAGUCUCUUCGAAAGAUUGGUUGAUUUAUAUAACCACUAUGACCACUAAGCCUUCCAGUCUCUCAUUGGUAGCCCUGAGUAUACAUUUUCUUCUGUUUGUUUCAUUUCAUCGUGUCUGUAAGUUGUUAGAUUAUGGUUUAUUAAUUUCAUCCCCUUGAUAGAAAGAUGUACAUUCAAUUCAUUGUGCAUUUAAUAAUAGGGAAAGAUUUAAUAAUAUUUCCCAGUUUGUUGCGUUUGGUUAUUUUCUAAAAUAAAACGAUGUACAUUUGUGAAGAUUGGCUGUCAGAAGUAGGCAGUUUGCUUAUGUUUUUACUUCUUUGAGACUAAAAAAAAG